AUGUGCUACAUUUUCCGCCAAGUCAAGAAGAAGGGGCAGAGGGAGCAGCACAACCGCAACGCCAAGAUAGGCAUCUGGCGGGGGCCGUGCGUGGUCAUCGGUCACCAGGGCAACAACACUUGGGUCUCGCUGGGAGGCCACACCCUGCUGGUGGCCCCAGAGCACGUCAAGGCGCUCGCUCCGGACGACGUCUGGUUCCCGAACGGUCGGGGCGGGAUCGGCCAGGCCGUGGCCGAGCUCAACGGGGCUCGCGACUCACUCGAGCAGGAGGAGGCCCUGGUGAAGGACAUCCGCCCCGAGCCAGUCCAGCCCGAGGUCCAGCCAGACGAGAUGGAGCAGGCGUGGCGGGAGUUCACCGACAGCCCAGACGACGACGACUUGAGGCUGAACGUUCCUGAGGGCCCGAACUCCCAGGAGCAGAUCGAGGUGCUGCCCGCCGACCGAGCCGACAUACCUCAGUCAGCCUUGGUGGCGCAGCCAUACGAUCCCGUCGAGUUCCGACGACGGCGAGCGACCUUCGACGGGACGGACAGCGGCGAUUUCGGCCCGGCCCUCAAGCGCCUGCAGACCGCCAGAGCACGCGGGCUCCGGAGGACCACCCCCGAGGAGGGCGCUAGAGAGCGUUCGAGGUUUCCCAGAGAAGCGAUGCAGACCUCCAUCGUCGCCGAGAGGAUCAAGCGCAAGCAAGCCGACAAGGAGAUCCACUGGAGGGCCAUCAAGGACUCCGACAGGGAGCUCUACCGAGAGGCGGCGGCCAAGCAGUGGAGCGAGUGGCAGAAAUACGGAUCCUGUCAGGUGCUCACCAUCGAGGAGUCCGAAGCGGUCAGGGGCAGGGCCAAGGCCAACCUCAUCUUGCCCAGCCGGUUUGUGUACCGGGAUAAGAACGCGCCGCUGCGGACUGACAGGCACCCGCUGCCGGUCAAGGCCAAGGCCCGACUCUGCAUCGGGGGUCACAUGGGCCCGCGUCUCGCUCAGGGCGACCUGCGCACAGAUGCGCCUACGGCCACCCGCAACUCGACUAUACUGUUCUUCACCGUCUGCCAGAGGUUCGGCCUGGAGAUUUACGCAGCGGACGUGGAGGCGGCUUUCAUGCAAGGCGACGAGCAGCCCGACCAGCAGUUGCACAUGGCUCAGCCCCGCGAGGGCUUACCUGGGUUGCACCCGAAGCAGUUGAUCAAGAUCCUCAAGGGAGUCUUCGGGCUAGCCAUCGCACCGCGACAGUGGUGGGCUAAGCUCAACAGGACCUUGCUUGCGGUGGAGGAGAAGCUAGGUGACUACGUGUUCCGCCUUCGUCAGCACUCGCUGGAUCCAGCGCUGUACUACGGCUACGACAAGCACGGGGAGCUGUGCGCGGUGGUGGUCGCCCACGUGGAUGACCUGCUGCUGGGCGUCUCGCCCAAGUACCCGACCCUGUACGACGGGCUCUACAAGUUCUUGCCGUGGGGCGACUGGAGGGGUUUGCAAUUUACCUUUUGUGGCAAGCAGGCGCGGCGCGAUGAGGAGGGUGUCCUACACCUACGCCAGACAGAGCUCGCGAACACGAUCGAGGAUAUCGCGUUCAGCAAGGAGCGCAAGACGGAGCCGUCGGCGGAGGCCACGCCAGCCGAGUUUUCGGACAACCGCUCCACCCUCGGAGCGCUUGGAUGGCUCUCAUCGCAGAUUCGACCAGACCUGUCAGCUGGAGUAGCCAUGGGCCAGCGCACCCAGAACAAGCCCACCAUCCAGUACCUGCUCGAGACGAAUCGGCUCAUCAAGCUGGCGCGGAAGCACGCGGACGUGGGACUGGAAUUCCCGAAGCUACGUGGACCGCUUUGCCUAGUCACUUACCACGACGCCAGCUGGGCCAAUGCUGACGAGCCACCUGAAGGUGUCAUAGCUACGCUACUCACCAAGAUCGUGGGCAGCAAGGACAAGAAUAUCCAGAUCCGCUCGCAGGCCGGCGGCUACGUCACGUUCAUCGCCGAGGCCAAGCUGUUGUGCGGCGACAAGGCGCGAGCGGGGAUCGUUGAUUGGAGAUCAGGCACCAUCAAGAGGGUCGGAGGGGUGCAGCUGAAGGAGUUCAAUUCCUUGGAGAGGAGGUUCCUUCAGCUCAUCGAGUGGAACCUCCACGUCGAGGCCGAGGAGACGGUCGGAGGGGUGCAGCUGAAGGAGUUCAAUUCCUUGGAGAGGAGGUUCCUUCAGCUCAUCGAGUGGAACCUCCACCUAAGGGCGCUGCCCAUGCCCACUCUUCAGGCCUAG